GUGGAGUAGGGGGCGGCGAGGCCCUAGAUGACCGCUCCGUCCGUUCCGGCGCGCCGGGUCCCCGCCCGGCUGCGGGGCCGGGCUCACGUCCCUGAGGCUCGGCGUCUACCCGGGGGCUCCUUGGAUAAGAACUGCCUCUCGUGAAAGUGCCUUGAGUCACAGAGACAGAAAGAAGACGGCGGUCAGAGCCAGGGAGGGCAGCUGGGGUCCCAGUGGGCCUGGCUGAGCUGGACCUGCUGGGUUCUAGGCCGCUGCCCCCGGCCUCCAUGCGCAAUGCCAGCACAGCCGCUGAGGGGCUUCACUGCACCCGGGAACAGGCCUUCUGCACAGGACUGCUGCUCUGGCCAGUGACCAGCGCUCCAGCCCACGCCCCUCUUGGUGUUGCCAUGGCUGCCACUUCUGUCCCUGGGUCCCUGACCCAAGCCCUCUGCCACCCCUGAGAUGUCGGCGUCUGCGAAGCCCGCAGCCCUGGUGGAGCUGGACCCAGGCCCUGGCGAGAAGCCUGGGGGACGGCCGCUCCUGGCCUGGGCCCCCGUGUUCAGCCACCGGAGUGAGAAGAUCGCGCUGGGCCAGAGCGAUGGCAGCCCGGAGGAGCAGGUGCUCACGGUCACCGUCACGGAGACUACCGUCAUCGAGGCAGACCUGGGCGUGUGGGGCGCCCGCGCGCUGACCUACCUCACACUCUGGUUCUUCUUUAGCUUCUGCACCCUGUUUCUCAACAAGUACAUCCUGUCCCUGCUGGAAGGGGAACCCAGCAUGCUAGGGGCUGUGCAGAUGCUCUCAACCACGCUUAUCGGCUGUGUUAAAAUAUUCGUUCCCUGCUGUUUGUAUCAGCACAAAACUCGGCUUUCUUACCCACCCAAUUUCAUCAUGACCAUGCUGUUCGUGGGCCUGAUGAGGUUUGCAACAGUGGUGUUGGGUCUAGUCAGCCUGAAAAAUGUGGCGGUGUCCUUUGCUGAGACCGUGAAGAGCUCGGCUCCCAUCUUCACUGUGAUCCUGUCACGGACGGUCCUGGGGGAGCACACUGGGCUACUGGUCAACCUUUCCCUCAUCCCGAUCAUGGGUGGCCUGGCACUGUGCACUGCCACCGAGAUGAGCUUCAACUUCCUGGGGUUCUCAGCCGCCUUGUCCACCAACAUCAUGGACUGUUUGCAGAACGUUUUCUCCAAAAAACUCCUGAGUGGGGACAAAUACAGAUUCUCGGCUGCGGAGCUGCAGUUCUACACUAGCACAGCGGCUGUGGCUAUGCUCAUCCCAGCCUGGAUCUUCUUCAUGGACCUGCCGGUGAUCGGGAGGAGCGGGAGGAGCUUCCGCUACAGCCAGGACGUGGUGCUGCUGCUGCUGGCCGACGGCGUGCUGUUCCACCUGCAGAGCGUCACGGCCUACGCCCUCAUGGGAAGGAUCUCCCCUGUGACCUUCAGCGUUGCCAGCACUGUAAAGCAUGCCCUGUCCAUCUGGCUCAGCGUCAUCGUUUUCGGUAACAAAGUCACCAGCCUGUCAGCUGUGGGCACCGUGCUGGUCACAGCUGGCGUCCUACUCUACAAUAAGGCCAAGCAACAGCAGCGCGAGGCCAUGCAGAGCCUGGCCUCGGCCACCACCCAGCCCCUGGAUGGCAGCUCCGAGCUGCUGCUCCCCCAGGACCCCUGGCCACACCACUGAGUCCCAAAGCCAUGGGGGCACCACACCACACCCUCUUCGCUGACAGGGGAACCCCUUUGCCUCUCCCUCCCCGUGGACAGCAGGUGUGGGACCACCUGGCUCUACGGGUCACAGUCAUUGUGGGAGGCAAGGUGGGCAGCCUUUCCAGGUUUUUUCUGGGGCUGUCAGAACUGGCAGGAACUUGAAUUUGGUUGGAGAACACAGCUGCCACUGAGCCACGGCUGAGCCCCCUGACAACCUCCUCCUGGCAGCCUCUGCGCACCCCAGCAGCCGGGCCAGGCCCCAACUCCUCUGUGAAUGAUGACCACUUGGGACAGCUGUGAAGCUGGAGCUAUGUCCAGGUGCCAGCGGGCACCCCCUCACUUGGAGCCAGUGUGGGGAACCGGCUCCAGCAUGUCAGCCAUCAGCAGCUGCUGGAGUCCACCCUGCUCCUUGGCCACUGGGGGCUCUGCUGGGCUUGGCCAGGCUGAGGCCCCCAGGGCCAGGGCACGGAGGCCACUGCAGUGGGCAGAGUGGCACAGGACAGAUGGGGUGAGAACCUGGGGUUCCCUGCUCCUGAGGACAGGGCGUCUAUCUCCUCUACCCAAGGCGGAGCUGUUGCAUCACUACUACUUAGGGACGGUGGGCUGCCCCUCCCCGCAUCUGCUAUGCUGAGCCUCCCACCUCCAGAGUGUCCUGUCCCUUGUGGGCAGCCAGGUUGCCCCCCCGACACACUGAGACCCAGAUGUGGUUUCUGGCCUGAAAGCUGCAGGUAGAUGACCACAAGGCAGGGAGGGCCUGUGUCCCUUCUGUUCCCGUACUCGUAGGUUAGAGGCAGGCUCUUCUAAAGGGGCUCCGGGAGCCCUGUUUCCGCCCAGCCAGUCUGGAGCCUCCUGGUCUCAUUGACAAGGGUGUUACGAUUUCCCCCUCGUGAAUGAUGAGCAGGACAAAUGUGGAGUGUUUACACUUUUGUUAUGCUGCAUUUUAAAUGACAGUGUAAGUUUUAAAAGGAAACACAGGUACAGAUGGCUUCUGAAAUGCAUGGAGUGUGCUGGGUAAACCAGUCAGACCCAUGGCCCAGCCCGGCCCUCCUCCCCGAGGGCAGACAGCCAGCCAGCCAGGUGUUUGAGGCUCCACCUCUCUCUUUACUCCUGGCCCCACAUCCUGUUGGAACUCUGGUCAGGGUGGAGCCCCUCUCCCACCUACCAGACCUGAGCUCUGGGACUUGUCAGGCACAGCCCAACUCGGGGGCCGCGGGCUGGCCACCUGCCCAUCUCUAGCCGGCCUGUGGGAUGGAGCGACCCGAGGGCACAAGUGGCCCACGAGUCUUGGGAACAAUCCCUGCUGUCCAGGCCCUGGCGCCUUAAUUGCUUCUCUGGUUUUCUGGUUGGCUUCUCAACUGGAAAAUAUAAACCAGCCCUUCCUGGAGAGCAAGUCUCUUGGAAACAAAGAGCAAUAAGUGCGUCUCAUUAAGUUCUGCCAACUUUGAAAGUCUGUCCUGAUGAGGGGUUAAAAAUGGGGCCUUUUAACUACAAACAACCUUUUAUGAAGCUGACCUCGUUGCUCAGAGAUCGGCAGGUCAUGCGCAGUUUCCCCCACAGGGUAGCAGGUGUCUUUCCCAGGUUUCCCCUCUUUCCUCUUUUUCUGCUUACCCCUAAACAAAGCUAAAGAGGAUGCCGGGGCAGUGGUUGGGGCAGCACAUUGCUCUGUGAGGACCGGAGGGAAAGCACCAGUUCUGGGGGGCUCUUGCCUCUGCCUUCAGACUGGGGCCACAACACCUGCAGCUGCUGGCGAGACAUGAAGAAGGGGAGCGUGUGUGUCGCCAGCUGGAGACUGUCAUCUGAGAGUGAUCAGGUGCCAGCUGCUUGUGUCUGAGUGUUGUUAGGGGGCUCUUGAUUUUCCAGAUUCGGGGACCAGAAAGAUUUUCCUAAAUUAUUAGUAAAUGAGGCAGUUUCUAGCAAAGCUGCUUUAGAGGCAUCCCCUCAUCCCCAGCAGGGAGUCUGGGGCCUGGCACCCACAGGACACAUGCUGUGGCUGCAUUCCGUCCAUUGACUCUGCCCCAAGUUGUCCACAUGGCGGGCAUUUCUGGGAGGAGACUCAAACCCCACAGCCUGCGUGGGCGUUUGCUUAAUAACUGUACAGACAUGUUUUUAAAUUAAUUUUGUCUAGUAGUUUUCUAAUAUGUUCCUUUCACUGAACCGUCACAGUCCAGCUUGUACCAACGCCAACACUAGGUCCAUUUCCUCUGGGUCUGUGGUCGUUGUCCAUGUCUUUGUAAACAAACUCGUGAACCAGGCUUCCAACUCUGGUCAUCUGCUUGCUUAUGUCAAUACUUAAAGAUCUCUGGCUUUCAAGGAAAUUUCCACUGUUGAGUGGCAUGAAAGGCUUUAAAAAAAAAAAAAUUCUGAUAGUCAUAACUUCCUGCAUAUUAGCAUUAAAAUCAUCUGCCUUGGAAAGCUGAGAGUACUCUUGCAUAAUCCAAAAUGUGUCUUUAAUUUGUAAAUCACACAAUAAAAAAGUGCCGCACGAAGAGUAAGCCACGUGGAACCGCACUACCCGUAGGCCCUUGAAAUACUUUGCCUCCCGUGUGGCACUGACUGUCCUGUGGAUGGUCAUUUAUAGACAGGUCAGCAGAGACCACAAAAACGCAACAUGACUUUUUACAUCUGUCCAGGGGAUGUGCUUCCUGAGGCCUGGAAGUAUUUUCACUAUUUACCUAGGUUGGAAAAAUUAAACAAGGAUGCUAUUACAGGUAGAAACCCUCUUCUGUUUGCCUGUGACCAAUGUUGUAGUAAGGGCUCUGUUCUUUUCCAGAAUACGUUCAUGCCCUGGUUGGGACCUUUUCAUUUUCCUAGCUUAUAAUAAGAACGCUCCUGCUUCCCUGAUGAGUUGGCCUGUUUCUCUCUCCUGAAGAGCAAAGAGCAGCCAGGUGGUUGUGCCAACCAUCACUUGGGUUGCUCACCCUGAUGCUCUGGAUAUAAAACCUUCCAGUUUUCUCUCUCUGUAGUAUUUCCUCCUCUUCUCCGGAGAGCUUGGAUGCUGCCAUUGCAUCCUUGUCUAGAUGUCCAGACUAACUUGGGAAUUGUUCUAAUUGGCAUAGUAUUUUUUUUUCUCACUUUUCACUUGAGGGAAACUGGCAUUCAGUUGAUGUGCUAUUUCUAGACUGUAGAUGUGUGAGUUGAGUCGGAACCCACCCAGGGGGUAUUGUGGACCCACCAUUGCAGAGGGUCACAGUGAGGGUGACUGUCCCAUACUGAAAAACUUGAAAAUUAUAUGAAUAAACUGUCUAUAUCAGAACCAAAUUAUACUUGCUUUACACCUCCCCCCCCCAAAAAAAAAAACCUGUGGAGAACUAAAAGUACAUUAGUCAAAAUUUUAGUGUUUUUUUAUUUCACCUAUUCCAGUAUUUAUGCAAUUAGAUAAAUUUUUCCUAGAAAAAUGGUGGUUACAUAAUUUAGUGAGUCACUGUGUAUUCUGCUAUGGUAAUACAUCAAUGCUGUAUAAUUAAUCCUGUGGAUGCCUACUGGUUGCUUUG